AUGGCACAGAGAGGAGUUCAGCUGGAUCAGAAAAAGCUGUUGUGUUCGAUCUGUUGGGAUCUACUGAAGGAUCCGGUGGCUAUUCCCUGUGGACACAGCUACUGCAUGAGCUGUAUUAAAACCCACUGGGAUGGAGAGGAUGACAAGGAAGUCCACAGCUGCCCUCAGUGCAGACAGAGCUUCAGUCCCAGGCCUGUCCUGGUCAAAAACACCAUGUUAGCAGAUUUAGCGGAGGAGCUGAAGAAGACUGGACUCCAAGCUCCUCCUUCUGCCGCUCCUGUUGUUGACCACUGCUACGCUGGACCUGAAGAUGUCUCCUGUGAUUUCUGUACCGACAGAAAGCUGAAAGCUGUGAAGUCCUGUCUGCAGUGUCUGGUCUCCUACUGCCACAAACACCUCCAGCCUCAUUAUGAUGUACGUCAGUUAAAGAAACACAAGCUGGUGGAACCCCUGAAGCAGCUCCAGGACUGUGUCUGCUCUCGUCACGAUGAGGUGAUGAUGAUGUUCUGCCGCACUGAUCAGCAGUGUAUCUGUUAUCUCUGUACUGUGGAUCAACAUCUGGGCCACGACACAGUCACAUCUGCAGCGGAAAGAACUGAGAAACAAAGAGAGCUGCAGGUGAGUCGACAGAAAAUCCAACAGAGAAUCAAAGACAAACAGAAAGACAUCAUAGUGCUUCAACAGGAGCUGAAGAUCAUCAGUUGCACUGCUGAUGAAGCGGUGGUGAAGAGUGACAGGACCUUCACUGAGAUGAUCCGACUCGUGGAGGAAAGACGGCGUGACGUGAAGCAGCAGAUAAGAUCCAAAGAGGAAAAUGAAGUGAUUCGAGUCAAAGAGCUGGAGUCGAAGCUGGAGCAGGAGAUCGCUGAGCUGAGGAGGAAAGACGCUGAACUGGACAGACUCUCACACACAGACGACCACAACCAGUUUUUACUCCAGUAUCCAUCAGUGUCCAAACUCAGUGACCAUCCAGAUUCAUCCAGCAACAACAUCAGUCCUCUGAACUGCUUUGAGGACCUCACAGCAGCUGUGUCAGAGCUCAGAGACAAACUACUAGACAGUCUGAAAGAGGGAUGGACGAACAUCUUACUGACGAUCACUCGACCGAAGGUUUUAGUGAAAAAAACACCCCCUGAACCACAGACCAGAGCGGAAUUCUUACAGUAUUCACGUGAAAUCACACUGGAUCCGAACACGGUGAACACAGGUAUGUCACUAUCUGAGGGGAACAAAAAGGUAACGGUGAUGGAACACAAACAGAACUAUUCAGAUCAUCCAGACAGAUUCAGUUACUGGCAGCAGGUUCUGAGCAGAGAGAGUCUGACUGGCCGAUGUUACUGGGAGGUGGAGUGGAGAGGGUGGCUCAUGUGGAGAAUCGACGUAGCGGUCGCGUACAAAGACAUAAAGAAGAAAGGAGACUCCGGUGAAUGUUUGUUUGGAUGCAAUGACAAAUCGUGGGUCUUACGUUGUACGAACAGCGGCUAUGAAUUUUAUCACAACAGAGCCAGACAUCCCGUCUCAGGUCCGGUUUCCUCCAGAAUCGGAGUGUACAUGGAUCACACGGCAGGUAUUCUGUGCUUUUACGGCGUCUCUGAAACCAUGACCCUCCUCCACAGAGUCCAGACCACGUUCACUAGGCCUCUGUACGCUGGAAUAUGGCUGAUUUCCACUGGAGACACCGCACAAUUUAUGCAACUCAGAGACUGAUCUCAUGAAAUGGUUUUGUGUCACGUAAGUUCUUAUGCCAUUUGGCUCGCUAUACAUACGUAUUUUUGUCAUUUCGCAUGUUUUUCAACGCCGUGCCAAUUUAUGCCAAGAUCUCCGCUUCACAUAACCCUAACCCUCAGUGCAUGGUAUUUGAUGCGGCGUGAACACACACACAGAAAGCGUAAAAUGCAUACAGGUAACACGGCAAUUAAAAGUACCAUGUAUAGUCACAGAAAAAAUGAUUAGACCAUCAAGUCAUCAAAAACAAUGGUUAUGCAAUCAAGCGUUA